CCAGCCGAAAUUACCCACAAAUUUAUACAAUCCUCAAUUCCAUCGUUACGUCCACGAAGAAAACGGUCCACAACUCGGAAUGGGCGUCAACGAUGCAAUGAACUACGUCCUCUUCAACAACCCUGUUGCCAGCGGAGUCUGGUCGUUUCUGUCGUCCGGGAAUGGUAUGAAAUCGAAGGGUGCUGUCGUCGGUCAACAGGUCGCCAACCAAAGUACAAAAGUGGUGGUAUCGGAGGUGAUGCCGCCGUUGUGGAAGCUGCUGGGUUCCAGUCGGCACAUUCUGAAGCUGGCCGGUCUCAGCGGUGCCACUGCCGUCAUGCUCGGUGCCUACGGAGCCCACCAUCGGUUCAACAUUGCCGACGAGAAGGAACGUGACCCCAGAAGCAUUUUCGAAAUGACCAAUCGGUACCAUUUUCUCCAUUCGCUGGCCCUGCUGGCGGCUCCACUGGCCAGAAAGCCGUAUCUGACUGCCGUUUUGAUGACUUCGGGAAUGGUCCUUUUUUGCGGAACAUGCUACUAUAUCUCCUUUACCAAUGAUCGCCGCGUCAGUCAGCUGACCCCAGUUGGUGGAUUUCUACUAAUCUUUGGAUGGCUUUCUUUCGUAAUCUAAGCUUCUAAGAUCAGUAACUUCAUCCACAAAACAACGCUUGUCUUAACAAACUUAAUGGAACCAUUGCUGUUGUAGAUGUACUAGAAACUAUUAAAAUAAUAAAAUGUCUGUGUUUAAACCAAACCAGCCUCUCA